AUGGCCUACAGCUGCUGCUCUGGAAACUUCUCCUCCCGCUCCCUUAGGAGCUGCCUGCCCUCCUCAGGAUCCUGCCGUGGCUCUUCCUACCCCAGCAACCUGGUCUACACCACUACCACCUGUUCUCCCAGCACCUGCCAGCUGAGCUCCUCUCUGAACACUGGCUGCCAGGAGACCUGCAUUGAGCCCGUCCGCUGCCAGGAGACCUGCAUUGAGCCCAUCCGCUGCCAGGAGACCUGCAUUGAGCCCAUUAGUUGCCAGAGGUCCUGUGUGGUGUCCAGUUCCUGCCAGAAGCCCUGCUACUACCCCAGGAGCUCCACACCCUGCAGUCCCUGCCAGGGGACAUAUGCAGGCUCUCUGGGCUUUGGGUCCAGAAGCUGCAGUUCCCUGGGCUAUGGCUCUAGAAGCUGCUACUCAGUGGGGUAUGGAAAUAGCAGCUUCAGACCCCUCAAUUGUGGAGUCUAUGGAUUCCCUUCCUUGAGUUAUGGGUCCAGAUAUUGCUCUCCAAUCUAUUUUGCUUCUCGUUCCUGCCAACCUUGUUAUAGACCAACCUGGGGAUCAGGUCUCUGCGGCAUCAGCUGCUAA